AAAAAAAGAUGUUCUUUACAGUGUCUUGGGUGGACUCUGGGAAGCUUGUGACACUGGGCAGCUCCCUAUUGCUGAUCUUCUCACAGAUACUGAUAAAAGAGGCUAUGUCCACCACCCCGAUGGAUAUGGCUCUGCAUUCCUUUGAUGACCAGUAUCUGGGAUGCAGAGAGGAGAUGAUGAAAGAACUGGAGCAAGGAGACUAUUUUCAAAAGGAAAUAGCUGCUAAAAAGGACUACUUUCAUCUCUGGAAGAAGGCUCAGAAGGCUUUGCUAAAGAGCCCUGUAGGACUCCUGAGGGGGAUGCGUGACAGCCAUGCCAUAGUCCUCAUGGUUUACACCAUGAACUCCUCCCUGCACUCGCAGCUGAACUGGGCUACAUCUACAGCAGGAAUCUCUCCAGAGCACUACAGACACAACUUCACUUUUAAAUAUUUCCACUUCUACCUAACAACUGCUCUCCAGAUACUGAAGGAGUGGCAGAGCAGCAUGGGGGAACCUAAGUGCUACCAGGUGCACAGGGGUGUAAAGGACUUAUAUAUAGAGGCCAAGAUAGGCAGCAGGGUGCGAUUUGGCCGUUUCACUUCUACCUCCCUCCUCAGGAAUAAAGCCCAGAAGUUCGGGAAUGAAACUUUGUUCACAGUGACCACUUGCCUGGGAGCAGCUUUGCAAGGCUUUUCUCACCACACAUAUGAGAAGGAAGUCCUCAUUCCCCCUUACGAGAUAUUUCUCGUCAAAAGCUUCUUUCAGACCCAGCAGGGUAACCGGCUGCGUCUGCAUUCUGUGGGGAGCUGCAGCAAGUACCAGUGCCAGCUGGUGGAAGCUUCAAGAAGCAAGAACAGUGGUUAUACCGCACUCGCCUCUGCCAUUCUCCCCAGUGUGCUUGCCGUUUCCCUGUGCUUGGCCCAGUCUCCGAUUCUCUGGCUGCAUCCAGAUAUGUGCACUUGA